CAGCUUGAGAGGUGCAUGCUGGGGGCGGAGUCACCGGCAGGAGACAGUAGCAGCUCAUCUGAGAAGUCGUUUGCAUGGAGAUCUGCAGGCGGAGAGUUGCAGGGCGGAGCCAUGGAGACAUCUGGUCGCCACCUGGAGGCCGAGGAGGGACUGUACCUGCCUGAACCAGACCGCGCCUCCCUGCAUGACAGCUCAGGAGGUCACUCAGCCCAGAUGACCUCGUACUCAGACAGCGGUUACCAGGACAGCAGUGUUAGUUAUUAUAGCAACCAGAAUGUGGUGCGUUCAGAGCCCCGGGCCUCGCUAUCAAGAAGCCCAAGAGCGGAGGGUCAAGCCUCAGGGCAGGUAGGGGCGUCCAGCCGGGUGUUGCGGAGGAUGGCCUCCCUCCCCUCCAGGAGCCAGUCCCCUGGCUGCGGCACCGCCGGCACUGUCUCACCCUCCCGCAUCUCCCUGCGAACAUCUCAAGGCAGCACCUACGACUCGCCCAUCCUCUCUGAGCCCAAACCUCUGGCUGCUGUGUUCCCCGGCACCACUAUGCCGCCAUCCUGCCCGUCACCCACCUCCCCGACCAGCGGCACACAGGCCCUGGGUGGUGGGGGAGGAGGUGGGGGUCUGACGGGGUCACCACUGCGUUCGGGGAUGACGGCGGUGCCUCAGCACUACGGCUCGACGCUGCCCAGGCAGAGCCAGCCGCUGGCCUACGGAGCUGAUCCAUACGGCCUGUACCAGAGGAGCGCACUGCCCCGCCCCGACAGCCUCAUAGGGCUCCACAGCUCAUAUGCCGGUCAUGCGGGGCAGAUAGACCCAGAGCUGAGGGCAGCAUUGUCCCCGGACUGCCACAUGACGCCUGUUUUCGAUGAACGAUCCUUCCACAGCCCCCUGUACCACAGCCCCACCCAUGACCCCCAGGGUACCCUCUACAGGACAAACACAGGUAUGGGGACUCUCCCUCGGACCACAAGCCAUUGCGGCACGCUGCCAUACCAAAGAAGCAGCUAUGGGCUGAGCUCUGCAGCUCUGUACGUCGACUCCUACAGGGUCUCCGGCGAGCCCGUCUACUCCCACCGGCACUCGGGACUGGUGGACCGGGUCGCUACACGCACCCCGUCCAUCGAGAGCAUACACAAGGACCCCAGGGAGUUUGCUUGGCGUGACCCCGAGCUGCCGGAGGUCAUCCACAUGCUGCAGCAUCACUUCCCCUCUGUCCAGGCCAACGCCGCCGCCUACCUGCAGCACCUGUGUUACGGAGACAACAGGGUCAAGGUGGAGGUGUGUCACCUGGGAGGCAUCCAGCACCUGGUAGACCUGCUAGAUCACAAGGUGGCAGAGGUUCAGAAGAGCGCCUGCGGGGCCCUGAGGAACCUGGUGUAUGGCAAGGCCACCGACAGCAACAAGGUGGCGCUGAGGAACUGCGGCGGCGUUCCCGCUCUGCUGCGUCUCCUCAGGAAAACAACCGACAACGAAGUCCGUGAGCUGGUCACUGGUGUCCUGUGGAACCUGUCCUCGUGUGACGCGGUGAAGAUGACCAUCAUCCGCGACGCUCUCACCACACUGACCAACACGGUCGUCAUCCCCCACUCGGGCUGGAGCAGCGUCUCGCACCGCGAAGAACACAAAGUCAAGUUCCAGUCCUCCCUGCUGCUGCGCAACACCACCGGCUGCCUGAGGAACCUGAGCUCAGCAGGGGAGGAGGCGAGGAGUCAACUGCGUUGCUGUGAAGGUCUGGUUGACUCACUGCUCCACGUCCUCAAAGCCUGCGUCAACACCUCCGACUACGACAGCAAGAUCGUGGAGAACAGCGUCUGCACCCUGAGGAACCUCUCAUACCGGCUGGAGGUGGAGAUGCCCUCCUCUCGUCUCCUCAGCAACCAGGAGCUGGACACGCUGCUGGGCUUCUCCUUCCCGGCCAAGGAGCUGGACUACCUCUGCUGGGGGAAGAGGAGGCGAGGCAGGAAGCGGGGUGGCUGGCCCGACGACAAGUGGGAUGACGUGGGGCCAAUCCCAGGUUUCUCCCAGCCUCUGAGAGGAGCAGAGCUGCUGUGGCACCCGAUGGUGGUGAAGCCAUACCUCAACCUGCUGGCUGAAAGCUCCAACCCUGCCACACUGGAGGGAGCCGCCGGGUCACUGCAAAACCUCUCUGCUGGAAACUGGAAGUUCUCGGCCUACAUCCGAGCAGCGGUGCGUAAGGAGAAAGGUCUGCCCAUCCUGGUGGAGCUGCUGAGGAUGGACAACGACCGGGUCGUCUGCUCCGUCGCCACGGCUCUCCGCAACAUGGCGCUGGACAGCCGCAACAAGGAGCUGAUAGGGAAGUACGCCAUGCGGGAUCUGGUGAACCGACUGCCCGGCGGCAGUCCCUCAGUGCUGUCGGACGACACGGUGGCGUCGGUCUGCUGCACGCUGCAUGAGGUCACCAGCCGCAACAUGGAGAACGCCAAAGCUUUAGCCGACAGCGGAGGCAUCGAGAAGCUGGUGAACAUCAGCAAAGGACGAGGGAAAGGCUAUUCGAUGAAGGUUGUGAAGGCAGCAGCUCAGGUGUUGAACACACUGUGGCAGUACAGAGAGCUGAGGAGCCUCUACAAACAGGAUGGAUGGAACUACACCCACUUCAUCACCCCCGUCUCCACUCUGGAGCGAGACCGCUACCGUUCACAGCCGACUCUGCCCACCAGCCCUCUGCAGAUGUCCCCUGUCAUCCAAUCAGGCGGUAGUGCAACAUCCUCACCAGCGAUGCUCGGGAUAAGAGGACACAGCUCAAAUUAUCAGAGGGCGCAGUCAUCUAUGCAACUCGACACCUAUUAUGGAGACAACAGUUUACACAAACAGCAGUACACAGGGUCUGAGAAGAAAACCCCAUAUUUCAUCGGGACAUAUUCUUCCCAGUCAGGGGAAGAUUUGAGAAGGUCCCAGCAUCCAGAGCCAUUCUACGACGAACCCGACAGGAAGAACUACAACAGCUACAGAAUGUACCUGUCGUCCCCACAAGGCUACGGAGAGGAGCAGUACGAGGACGAACCGGUCCACCUGACCCCGUCCUCCCCCGAUGGCUACGCCAGCCAGUCGCUCCAGUUCAAAGCCAACACCAACUAUGUGGACUUCUACUCCACCACACGGAGGCCUUCAAACAGGGCGAACAAGUUCACCGGCUCCCCUGACUCCUGGGUGUAGAUACAAAACGGACAGUGCGUAGGUUGAGCUUCGCCGUUUUGGCUAUGUUUUCCGUGGGUGUUGGUGUGUGGGGUGUUGG